AUGAACCCAGCAUGGCAGAAUGGCCAGCCCAACAUGUUCACGCCCGGCCAGCCCCAUAUGAAUCCGCAGCAGAUGUACGCCAACCUCACUGCUAACCGGAACUUCGACAUCAACCACUUCACCCCGGGCCUCCCGAACGGCGCCGGCUCCCAGUCGCAUACCCCCCAACCACAGCAGACCUUCAAUCCGACCUUCACCCCAGGCUCUGCGAUACCCGCCAAGCGUCCGCACGAUGGCAUGUCCGGCUCACCGCAGCAGCCCAGUCAACAGUCGCGUAGCCAAACUCCCUCCUACAACUUGCCCAAUCAACAGCAGUUCCCGAACGCGCCGACCCCCUACCAGCACCUCCAGCAACCUGGAUCGAAUAAUGCCACACCUUCCCCGACAAUGCAGAACCAGCAGUUCCGACCCCCUCAACAGCAGCAGCCUCAGCCGAACAUGGGCACCGCCUCGCCGAGUCCUUUCCCCGGCCAGAAUCGACCGCCCUUCUAUGCCAACAACAUGUCACCUGCCCCGCAGAACCAAGGCAAUGCCGGCCAGUACAACAUGAAUCCGGCAAUGUCCAUGGGUGGCAUGCCGAGCGCGUUGCAGGCGCAGAUGAUGAACAACAACAAUCUGCAGCCGAAUGCACAGAGGGCGUACCAAUUAAAGUUGAUGCAGCACCAAGCUCAACUACGGCAGAGUGGUAUGGUCGGUCCGCAGCGGGUAGGAGGUCAGCCGGGGCAGAUGCCAGGCAUGAGUGGAAUGCAGGCGGGAGGACAAAUGGCGAAUGGCAGUGCGCAAGCCAUGCAGGCGCAACAGUUGAAUCAAAAGCGAGCAGGCUUCAUGAAGCAGCUGGCAAAUCAUGCUUCACAGCAGGGGAGGCCUUUCAACUCAAUGCCAAUGAUCUCGGGGAAGCCAGUCGAUAUGUUCGCUCUCUGGACGAUGGUCACUCAACUCGGUACCUCAUCUGGCGUGGAUAGGAGCGGCCAGUGGGCGACAGUUGCGAACAAGAUUGGCUUUCCGCCUGCUCAAUACCCAAACGCCGCCGAAGAGCUCAAGUCACUUUACGCGGUCAACAUUGCCCAGUAUGAACGAAUGUGGUUACAGGUGAAGAUGCAACAGAAGCAAGAGGCGGCACGCAUACACGCGCAGCAAAUGGCGGGCUUUUCAGGACAGCAGCAAUCGCCGACGAAGAUGAUGCCACCUUCAGGACAGCAGAAUCAGUAUCAGCAGUUUCAACAAGCACAGCAAAGCCAACAGCCAUCACAGACCACGCCAGUCCAGGCGCACGCUUCCUUACCGCAGAAUGGCAUGUCGACACCACAGCAGAUGAUGGGCGGAGCAGCCGCAUUGCAUCGGCGCAAUAGUAGUGUUAGGAAGCCCGAUCAAAUGACGCCGCAAGCAGCAGCCACGCCAGGAACGACAGCUUCACCUUUGGCAGUGAAGCCGCAAAGACCGGCAUCUGUCAAGCAAGAGUCGUCUGGUCCGGUGAUGAAGAGCGAGGAGCCGCAGAGUACAAAUUACCAGCCGCAAAUACGGUCGAUUGAGUCGGAUGGUGGAUAUGACAUAGCCGCGCUGUUCGAUUUGGGGUCGGCCAUCUCCCGAGCCAUACCGAAUCAUCCUACGGUGGACGAAAUGGGCGUGAUAGACACCAAGGCAAUAACACUCAGUCUGGCCUCGGGCAUACACGGCGAAGUCAGGUACGCUUUGGAUACACUAGCGGUCAUAUCGCAUGACCAGCGAGUUCAAGUCAAUUUGGAGCAGUGCGAGGACUUGAUGGAUGUGGUCGUGGACUGCGCAGAAGAUCAAACGGAGGCCCUUUCGGAUGAUGCUGCCGAGGUCUCCGAUGCUCUGGAUCUGCCGGCGUACGAAGACAUUAUGCGAUCCGCAAAAGUGGAGGCAGAGAUGCUACAGGAUGUGCCCGAGUAUGGAUCUCAUGCUUACAAACUAGACCGAGCCGCCGACAAAGUGAUCGCUAUCACGACCAUUCUUCGAAACUUUUCGUUUUACGAGAUCAAUCACCGACUCCUCACCGCACCUCCCCUCAUAAAAUGGCUCAGCAACACGAUACGACUGCUAGGAACGCGAAACAUGCUGUUACGAACAUACUACAACACACAGGACUUUUACAAGGACAUGAUUAUCUUCUUGUCGAACGUCACGCAGAGUCUGGAACUGCCGUCUCGAGAUGAUGCGCUGCACAUACUGCACUUUUUGCUGUCAUUCUCGCCCCAGCCCGCACCAAGCUACAUGGAAAGUGGCGGCAAGGUCAGGUUCACCAGCUUCCAGCCAGCAUAUCACCGGUACCUACCUCCGGCUAUUGAUUGCUUGGCCAAGCUACUUGCUCGCCAAGACCCGAACCGGAUGCUGUACAAGAGCAUAUUCUCGGCCUCGUCGUCAUCAUUGGCUGUUUCCGAAUCGCCGUUGGAUCUGCUCACCCGAGCCUUCGCGCUGUCCAUCUCUGUACUUCCUGACAGGACGAAAGGAUCACUGAGUAACAGCACGCAACUCAGGAUAGUGGAAGCUCGGAAGGCAUAUCUCACGCAAGGCAUGCUCGCCGCUGACAUCUUGACCACACUUGCACCCAGCAACGAUUCCGACCUCGCUCGAGCUUGGAUUGAAAGCGAAGACGGUUGGGCGGUGGGCCUUCUCAAUCUUGCUGCACUGCUCUCCGUUGACCGCAACCAACAAACAAAUCCCGCCAAGAGCAGAGAACUUGGCAUGGAUACCGAGAGCUUCAAGUUGAUAACAUAUCGUGCCUUGACGAUGAUUAAGCGACUUGCCGAGAAGGCAGGCAAGGGCUCGCUGCAGAACAUCCAGCAAGCAAUGACAACCAACGGAGACGCCAAGACUGUCGCAAAUGGCGCGCAUGAUGAAGAUGACCACUCGAGCAAUCAGCCCAAGUGGGAAGGUAUACCGCAAGGUCAUGCUAUCCUUGGCGCUCUGAUGAUGCCGAGCACGGACAAGGUUGCGCUGGGUCUGCUUUGCGGUUUGCAUGACAUGACGAUGCAGCAGGUCGCGUGA